CUGACCACGGCGCGCGUCACAACAAUCAUCUGAUCCGCACUGGAAGUAACAUGGCUGCCAUGCCCGAGCUCCCUAAAGUUCCAGCAACGCUGUUUGUGAUGUUUCUCUCGCUCAUUCCCUCCGCCGAGGCAUUUGACGGAGGGGACGCCGUAGCACUUUUGCUUGGGGUUACCAUUUCGGUGGUGGGUGUUUGCGCGUGCAUCGGUUGGUACGCACGACAGAAAAAUGGACAGUUCUGAGAAACCAAAACGGAGCGAGGGACUGGCUGCUGGCCUGUAUCCGGAAAUGUUUAUCCGCGGUCUACACUAUCUUGACUAUCCUGGGUCAUUUUUGACUGAAAGAACAAGAGUCGUGUGCCUUAUUUAGCUAAAUAUGCGAAGUUGACUGAAUGAAGAAGACAAACAAUGAACUACAAAACCAGGAAGUUGAGAAUAGGAACUGGAGCAUGCGCACUGUUGGAUUUGCAAGACCAAAUAUCCUACCUGUAGGUUACUUCCUAUCACAAUAAGACGAAGGACCUGAGACAUGACACACUAUGGACUAUACGUAAUAGGCUAUGUUACUUUAAUAUGGCAGCAACAUUUGAUUUUGUUUGGACUUGAAUUGAAUAUCUUGAGAUACUGUACCACUAAAUAAUGUGUGUCCCUCCAAAGAAUGUGAUGAAUACCUGUCCUUUCACGAAAUAUUGACAUUGCCAUGGCAGGUGAAUUACAAUCUGACAAUUGUUACAAGCACAGUAGCUAAAGUGUGUUCUGUCAGAAAUGCUUUCACCGUUCUUAUAGCUAACACUGUUAUAACACCCGCUUGAUAGAAAAUAAAUACAUGUAUUCUUUGUUAAUUGCG